AUGUCUGCCAUUGACAUAGCAAUAGAAUCAUACUUAAAGAUGCAUUAUGAAAGAUGUUCCCUCAAUGAUUUCUUACAAAAGAACGCAUCACUAGUGAAUGAAGAAUUUGAUGAUAAAACUUGGUACAAUAAACAUAUGAACACUCCAGCUGGUGUCGUUCCUAAACUGGAGAAUGGAGUGUCGUCCUCUAGCUCAAUGUCUUGCACUUAUGCAAGUGUCAUCCCUGUGAAGUGUAGGGAUGUUAAAGACACUCCAGCUGGUGUCAUCCUUAAACUGGAGAAUGGAGUUGAUAUUACUUCAGUUGACAUUUUUGAUAAAUCAACAUUUCAACAAGGGAAUGAGAUUCUUAAUCUUUAUAAUGGUAUGACUUGUGAAAUGAUUAAGAAGCAUUCAAAUGAAAUGAAUUCAAGCAGCUCUAAAGAGGUUAGUAUGAAAAGUAACACAAUGUAUUAUGGUCAAUCUAAUUCAAAUUUAAAACGUUCAUUAGAUAGAAUUACAAAAGAUGAUUUUAAGAAUGUUGAAAAUCAAAUGAAUUACAAAAAGAAAAAGGAAAAUGAGAAUAUG